AUGGCAACCGGGCCGGGCCCGCCGCCGCCGCUCGGGAUGUUCGCGGACGCGGCGCCCCGGGCGGAGGGCGUGGGGUCGGCGUGGAGGAGGGCGCGGGAGGCCCGCGGCGAGGAGAAAAGCACCCAGACCAGAGUGAUCUCUACAGCAGAAGCUGUAACUCAGUCCUGUUGCUGCCGGGAUGUGGGCAUUCAGACAGACGUGGGCGGGGAGCCGGCCCCGGUCCUGCCACCACCUGUGCCAGUGGAUUAUGCUGGUCUGCGCACUUUCCUGCAGAGUGUGGAAGAGGCCGUCAUCCGAGAGCUGGACAAAAACUGGAAGAGCCAUGCCUUCGAUGGCUUCGAGGUGAACUGGGCGGAUCAGAAUGAAACGGUCACUUGCUUGCACAGUCUGUCAUACCCCGAGGCUCAAGCAAACGACCUGCAAGUCACCAGCGUCUCCUGGAAUGCCACUGGAGCAGUCCUUGCCUGUUCGUACGGCAAGCUGGGCGAUGGGGACUGGAGCACGGAGAAGUCCUACGUCUGCGCGUGGAAUCUCGACCGCAGGGCGCUCGACCCCAGGCGACCUGGUGCCGUGGUGGAAGUUCCCGGGGCCGUGAUGUCUGUGGCUUUCCACCCGCGGCAGCCGUCGCUCAUUGCCGGUGGCCUCUUCAGUGGGGAGGUCCUGGUGUGGGACGUGAGCAGACUGGAGGACCCCCUGAUCUGGAGGACGGGAAUGACGGAGGACACCCACACAGACCCAGUCUAUCAGGUUGGCUGGGUACGGGACUCGAGGCACGGCCACUCCUUCCGAAUCCUGAGCGUCUCCACCGACGGGAAGAUCCUGAUGUGGCAGGAGGAGCGAGACGGCCGUCUCCGGGUUGCGGACGGCUUUGCCCUGAGGCUGCAGCAGAUCCCCAGGAGCACGAGGCUGAAGAAGCACACACACGGAGACACAGCAGUGGGCGUGACCUCGCUCUCCUUCUCCCACUUUGAGCCCAGCGUGUUUGUUGUUGGCACGGAAGGCGGCUGCCUGCUGAAGUGCUCCACGGCAGUAGAGACCACGGCGCUCUUGCAGAAGAGUAGCUCCAUCGCACUGAAGGCACCUGCCCAGUUUGUCUUCUCCCUGCACGGAGGGCCCAUCUACUCCGUCAGCUGCUCCCCUUUCCACAGGAAUCUGUUUCUAAACGGAGGGACUGACGGGCAUGUUCACUUGCACUCCAUGUUACAAGCUCAGCCGCUUCUUUCUAUUCAGUUGUCAAAGAAAUACGUUUUUGGUGUGAGGUGGUCUCCGGUACGGCCCUUGGUUUUCGCAGCUGCUUCUGGAGAGGGAGAAGUGCAGCUGUUUGAUUUGGGGAAGAGCUCCCAGAAGCCCUCCCUCACGAUUAAGCAGGGCUCUGACCAGAGUCCCGUGUACAGCCUGGAGUUCAACCACAAGCGGCCCCAGCUACUGGCUGCUGGAGACAGCAGCGGCGUGGUGAAAAUAUGGCAGCUGAGCUCCGACUUCACGGAAGAGGGACCGCGAGAAAUGAACCAUCUUGACCAGUUAGCUAAUGAAGUUAUAGAUUAAUACGGACCAUACGAAGAGUAAUAAAAUUUUGCACCAUUCGUACCCUA